AUGGGAGCCACAGGAGCCAAUUCGGAUGUGCCCACAGGCGCUGAUUGGAGUGGCAAUGAAGAGUUGCGAGCCCUGACGAGCAAGUUGCUGGGUGAAAAUUGGCACACCUUCAUCGUUCGUCCCCAUUUGCCACCCCUCAAGACAGGCAAAUUGUUGGUCCCCAAUAUCCAGAUGGACUUUGAACUCUUCCUGAACCCCAACUCUGUCUACCUGAUGGGCACCCCUAACAAAGGAACCUUGAAUGCCAAGAAAUUUCCAGCCAUCCAUAAUGAAGACAUCAAAGUCACCUUAUUGAUGAACAAAGUGACCCUGAAUGCCAGUGUCUAUGUCAAACUGCAGAAAGAAAGACAGCUGGGCAAACAGAUUGCCCGCUACCCUGUCGUGCGGAGCGAAGUUCGCACGUUUUCCUUUGAUCGACGCACCACCCAAUGGGAACAAGACAAUGUGUUUGUGGGUCGAUUUCCUGACAGAGUGAUUGUCGGAUUAUUGCAUUCCGAUACCUUCAAUGGAAACCUACAAAGAUACCCCUUUGCCUUUGAAAAGUUUGGCGUCACCCAAGUACGACAGACCUUGAAUGGAGAAGAAUACCCUUACAGAACCCUGCAACUGACUGGAGACCAAGCCUAUGAAGAUCUGCUGGGCUACGAUCGAUUUCUGCAAGCCAUGGGUGCCUACAAUGAAGACAAGAUCCCUAUGCUGCUGCCCAGUGAUUGGGGACAAGGCAACAACUGCAUGUUGUUCAUGUUCAACAAUGUGCCCAGUGGAAAAGCCGAUGACCCCCAGUAUCGCAACCCCCGCCAAUCAGGCAAUACGCGAUUGAUCAUUGAUUUUUCAGCGGCUGUGGGUCACAACGUCACUGUGUUGGUAUGGAGCGAGUAUGAAAACAUGUAUGAGAUCAAUCAUCUGGGAGGUAUAAAGUACAACAUCAACGGCUGA